UAUAGGUGAUGAGGCUGAAAUGGUAGAGGUUCUUGAGGUUGGUCCUUCUAUGGCGGUGACUCUCCUACUCUCCGCUUCCAGCCACUCCUAAAUCUAUAUCCACUUUCCUUCAAUACCCUUCUCAAAACUCACAGUCCGGUGAUCAGAGCUCUGUUUUCCGGCGUUGGGUCGACCUUUUUUUUACGAGGUGACUCUCUUUUACAUUCUUCAUGGUCCUCCUUCUUCUUCAUCAUUCUCUAAAUCAUUUUCGGGACAGAGAAGCAGAGCUGGAAGCUCGGACAUAAGACCGUGUUUGGCUCGGUUCAACUUGAAUCGUGAGAAUAAGGUAACUCCCCCCAAAAAAAUGAAUGGGAAUGGUGUGGCGGUUGGCAAUGGGGGAAUUGGUGGGUUGGAAAACGAGUUCAUUCGAAGGCAUCACAGGCAUGAACCCGCAGUCCAUCAGUGUAGCUCUGUUCUUUCCAGACACAUCAAAGCCCCUGUUCAUCUUGUUUGGUCAUUAGUGAGGCGAUUUGAUCAACCACAAAGGUACAAGCCAUUCAUCAGCAGAUGUGUAGCUCAGGGGAACCUUGAGAUUGGGAGUUUGAGAGAAGUUGAUGUGAAAUCUGGACUUCCAGCCACUACAAGUACUGAAAGAUUGGAAUAUCUAGAUGAUAACGAGCACAUCCUAAGCAUGAGGAUUAUUGGGGGUGAUCACAGACUUAGGAACUACUCCUCAAUUGUCUCUCUUCACCCAGAAAUCAUUGAUGGAAGACCAGGGACUUUGGUGAUAGAAUCAUUUGUGGUGGAUGUUCCUGAAGGCAACACAAAAGAUGAAACCUGCUACUUUGUUGAAGCCUUGAUUAAGUGCAACCUCAAAUCACUUGCUGAUGUUUCAGAGCGGCGUGCAGUGCUCGACAGGACUGAACCUAUCGAUCGGAUGUGAGAAUUGGAACUUGGGACCAAAGUUUCAACCUUGGACUGCAUGGAUGAAGCUUCCGAGGCUUUCGCAUCUCGGAUGCGCUGGAGACGGACAUGCAGUAGUAUUUUCCGACAUAGGCAUGCAGUAGUAUGUAUCUCUUGUACACGCUCGCACCUGAUUAUAAUCAAGAUAGAACUCUGUCAAAGAUGGGAAUGUGUUAUCAAAGUCAUCAAGAAUUAACCCUCCAAUUUGUUUAAAGCUCAAAUACAAAAUCUCUAAAUAAUUAUCGGUAGAAACUGUCAGGUAUUUAGAAGAUCAUACAAUGUUAUGCGGCAAAUUCAAGUGGUUUAGGUUUGUAAGGUUACCUACGUAUUUUGGUACCCCACUUCCAGAAUCAUUACCUCAGUAGUCAACAUGUUCAAUAGAUUUUUUGUAUCUAAAAGAAUUUGGAAAAGAACUAUUUAUGGUGUUAUUUGUGAGACAUAGCUUAUUAAGAUUAAUGGUAGAAUUUCAUAAAGUAAUUGUUGUA